AUCCACCCGCCCUGGUCAGAUUAUCGCAGUUGAGAAUGGAGAAUCCACAGAAUACGAAGAGGGGCUCUUCUCCUCAGACACCAGCUCGGUUGAUCUAUUUCUGCGUUUUCUUGUCAAUCGUUGUUUGUCUAUCUUUUGUAUUAAGCGUGUACUCUUUCAAGCGCGUGUUGUCGCUUGAUAAAGAAUUUCACUCAAGAACUGAGUUGAAAGCUAAAGAAGAAGAACAAGUCGCCAGUUCAGAUAGAAAAGUGGCUGAAGGAAAGGUUAGUAAAUAGUUUGCCUUGUCAAAACUGAGUCAAUUUCUUCUUAAGUGGCCACCGUAAGAUUUUUAAAUCAAAGAAUCGCUUUAACUUCCUGAUCUACGAGUUUCCAGAGAUUUAAACGAAAUGGGAAAAAAAUCUGAAUGCAGUUGUUAAAAAUCUCGACGACCACGAGCAUGUAAAAGAAUAUCUAAGUGCAAAGUUAGAUUUUUAGAGAACUGCCUCUAAACUGUUGCCACGUGUUUGUAAGAAUCUCAGUGUAAGACGUUUAAAAAUACAAACGCAAACUUGUUGAAAUUAUCUUUAAAAAAUCAUCGUAGCAUACUUUUUCCUCUUGUGAAUUGGCUUCAAUUUUUUUUAACUGAACCAAGGCAAGAUAAAUAUGAUUUCCCUCAAAAAUAAAGAAAUUACUCAAUGUUAGUUCUCCAACCGGAAGGAACACACCCAAAUAAGUAGAACAUACUAAAUUGAAAAAAACAAGGUUGAAGUUGGAAAAGAUGAAAAGGAAAUGUAAAUGGUCAGUUGCAAGCUUCCUUCGUACUAAAAUAAAUCUAUUUUUGUCAAAUCUAUUGAAGAAAAUCGCAAUAGUUCUUCUAAAUUAAGCCGUUUAUUAACUUAUUCAAGUUGUGUAGAAACGCGAUUUGCUCGCAUAGCUAAAAUAAUCUUUGCUCUUAAUAUUUUUGUCGUCAGGAGGUGGAUAAAUACAGCAGCAGGAAACAUCGCUCUCGUAAGUCAAAACCUAUAUAAUACAUGUUUCAUAGCUGCAGUUUUUCGAGCAUCUUAACGUUCUCUGUUUAGUUUCACUUCCUGUUCUAUUAUUGAUUUUUUAAGGUAGGAAUCUUCGAUUCAUUUAGUUUUGUUGAGCUUUUUCGCAUGAAUCACUGUCCUUGACAGUACUUUUGACUGUAUAUAAUUACGCAAUACUGAUUUUUUCAAUGUUCACCAUCCUUACUUACACAGAACUCCCAGGCGAACGACAAUCCUUGGUAAGCACGAAAGCUUAGUGCAUGCAGUUCAUUCCUUUGAAUGAAAUGGGAAGCCCGAAAUGAUUAGAUAGAACAUUAGUUAACAAAGUGUUGAUAUUACAGUCAAAUAGUUUUUACUUUAAACAUGAUUUAGUCACCUUAGCGGUUGUUGUUUGGCCCUGGAACUCAACGCGUCCUAGGGAUUAAUCAAAGGCCGCUGAGGGGGCUGGUGACUGAUCAAGCCAAGUCGGAUCGAGUAUCGUAGCGGAAUUUGGCCAGCUCUGCUUCUUUACGUAAUUUUGUUUUCUUUUCAAAUGCUAGAGGUGUUUCAACUGAGUUGAUAACGUAAAUAGAAAAAACUAGGAGCUAGUUUUAGAGGCUAACGCUCGAAACGUCAGCUUUUAAACUCUUUACGGUGGCCAAUUUACGUGAUCAACUCAGUUGAUAUUACUUAAUCACCCUGUCAAUUUCAAUAACACCUUCACCUCUGUUAUACUCUCCCACCAACGCAGCACCACAGUAUCUCUAGAAACUUACCCCCUCUAUUCAUUUGUUAUUGAAAUUCGAUCGAUGACGAUAAAUGUAAAUUCCUUUCACAAACACAGAAAAAACAAAGGUUUACAAGCCUGCCUUUCACAGUACAAACGAUUUGGUAGAGUUUUAGAUCUCACAGUACUUAAGGAAAUUUCAAUCCAACUUUUAUGUAUAUCAUUCUGUGUCGUUUUUAACGUCUCUUUUUUUUGUUUUUGUAGAUUCCUGAAAGCAUACUUCUUUAUGGCAAUGGAAAAAGAUAUGCACUGCAGAGUAAGUAAUCUCUGAAAUAUUUGUUUGACGGAAAAUCGUUGGAGACAUACCAAAGAACGGAUGCUAAGUAGGUUGGUAAAUUUAUCCUGUAAAUGCCGCACAACCGUACCUCGAAAAAGAAGAAGUUGGGCAAACGAAGGUUACUGGAUUCAAGUGACUGACUCUCUUGUCGGAAAAAAAAAAGAUAAUUCAUAUAAAUAUUAAUACUUCCCCCUUGCUUACCCUUAAUAAUAAAAGAUCCUAGCCAUUUCCAUUCAAGAAUUGUAUCUGCGCAUACCUCAGAAAGGAAUUGUGAUAGUUAAAUUUGCCUGCGUGUAAAAGGUUAAGGAACGGUGUCAUACUGACUGUGUGACUUUCUUUCUGUAAUUUAAGAAACGGAUGUCGUCACGCAAUGGACCAAGGCAAACAAAAAUGGAAACAAGAUUGCUUAUCGUUCCAGUGUAGGCCGCGUCGAGGUGAUGAGAGAUGGGCUGUACUUUAUUUACAGCCAAAUGUGCUUUUCUGGAAACAGAAAUCAGGACACGGCUGGCCAUCGCAUUUUUAUAAACCACGAAGAAAAGAUGACAACCGUGAUUGGCCGACAAGACACAACAGUGGCCUGUCGCUAUCAUGGCGGCGCCUUUUAUCUGCGUGCGCACGACACAAUCGCCGUGAAGCCAACAGCGGCUGGUCAAUACUACAUGUCAGCGAAGGGCUCGUUUUUGGGGGUCUUCCUCAUCUAGAGUACCGCGAAAAUCAUCUAGUCUCUUUUCUCUAAUUAGAGUUUAUGUUUGCCUUGAUUUUAGCUUGUGUUAAAAUAUUAAGAACGACAAGCAUGUAAGGUGUUAUAUAUGUAGUUCUUAAUUGCGGU